AUGAACAUGGGAGCCCAGCCAGAAAAUGAGUCUUUUGAGAUGGUGAACCGACCAGUGUCAUUUCUCAGCGUAGUAACUGAGGAAGACAACCCUGAAUCUGACAAGAUCGCAGAAGAAGCCGCAUCAGUACACGCGGACUGUCCCAUCAAAAGACAUGUCCUAUACUCCCUUAUAACAAUUGCGUUCAUCGGCUCAGCUUGUCCCAUAUGUAGUUGCUGGCUCAUCGCACAUAUCCAAGCCAAGACAGACAACGGCUAUAUAACAGCCGUCAUUGUUGGAGGUAAGCUCUCGUCAACCGAAGCCAAGCUCAUUGACGCGGCCUUCUCCAUUCUGGUGGCGCCAGCCGUGGUCGCGGUCGCCAAUUGGCAUAUGUUCAAGCUUGCUCGUCUUUCUGCUGUCAACGAGCACAGUGGAAGAAACUCAGCUGUGAGCAUGAAGAUCCUCGUUGAAGUCGCCAGCACAGACUGGGGUUCCUUCAGUCCACUCAAGUUCUGGACUUUCAUUCGUUCAAGAAGGUCUCGCGUGAUCUGUCUGGGAAUGAUCGCUGUUCUCUCAGCUUCAAGUUUCUCUCUGCUUGGCAAUGUUGUGGCAUAUCAACAGGCCGGAGUGGAUACAUCUACGCAGGUGCUUGAAUAUCUGCAUGAUACACAUUCGGUGCUGCCCGGAGGCUCACGUCCAAUACCUCUGGACGACCAGUCUAUCCGGCGACAGGUUUCAGCAAGACUUCAGGAUAGGCUUUCGCUCCUACAGCAAGGAAGUCGACAGAGCUGGGACUUAGAAACUCUUGCUGAUGCUUUCCUAUGGUACGAAAUGGAGUCCCGCCAAGUACUCCUUGACAAUGACCAAGCCGUAAGGGCUGAGAGAUAUCAAGUCCAGUCCAACAUCGAUGAAUACGCAAUGACAUUUGUUCCAUGGAUUCUCCUGUCUGGACUUGGGACGUUGGGAGUGGCAUGCGCUCGAUUCUUGGAAGAGUGCUCAACCUGGCAUGCCACCAAGCUGAACAAGUGCGCCGAUGAGGCUCGGUUCCAGUACGAGCCUGACGCCUGGUUGGAUAGUGCAACUGAUCUUUAUACUCUAGGAAUCCGCCUUCGACAAAUCUCGCAACCGCAUGACUGA